AUCCUGGAACUCGGCGACAGCGCCGAAGAUUCGCCGCCCUGCGGGUCCGCAGUGCACUCCUAACGGCGCCGCGGACGCCCGUGCCCUCCGGCUCCUGUCCGCCCUUCGCCGGGCCGGGGUGGCACCCUCGCCUUCCCUGUCCCUCAUGGCGCUGCUCCGACGUCCGACGGUGUCUAGAGAUUUGGAGAAUAUUGACACGGGAGUUAAUUCUAAAGCUAAAAGCCAUGUGACUAUUAGGCGUGCCGUUUUAGAAGAAAUUGGAAAUAGAGUUACAACCAGAGCAGUUCAAGGAGCGAAGAAACCUCAGAACACGAAAGUACCAGUUCAGUCCAACAAAACAAAUGUCAACAAACAAUUGAAACCUAUUGCUUCUGUGAAACCAGUCCAGAUGCAAAUGUUGGCUCCAAAGAGCCUGUCUCCCACACCCGAGGACGUCUCCAUGAGGGAAGAGAACCUGUGCCAAGCUUUUUCUGAUGCCUUGCUCUGCAAAAUAGAGGAUAUCGAUAAUGAAGACUGGGAGAACCCGCAGCUCUGCAGCGACUACGUUAAGGACAUCUACCAGUAUCUACGGCAGCUUGAGGUCGUGCAAUCCAUAAGCCCGCAUUUCCUAGAAGGAAGAGAUAUCAACGGACGGAUGCGAGCCAUCCUGGUGGACUGGCUGGUGCAAGUGCACUCCAAGUUCCGGCUUCUGCAGGAGACCCUGUACAUGUGCGUCGCCAUCAUGGAUAGAUUCUUACAGGUUCAGCCAGUCUCACGUAAGAAGCUUCAGCUAGUUGGAAUUACCGCUCUGCUUCUGGCUUCCAAGUAUGAGGAGAUGUUUUCUCCAAAUAUUGAAGACUUUGUUUACGUCACAGACAAUGCUUAUACCAGUUCCCAAAUCCGAGAAAUGGAAACUUCCAUAUUGAAAGAACUGAAAUUUGAGCUGGGUCGACCCUUGCCACUCCACUUCUUAAGGCGCGCGUCGAAGGCUGGGGAGGUGGACGUCGAACAGCACACACUAGCCAAGUACUUGAUGGAACUGACUCUCAUUGACUACGACAUGGUGCAUUAUCACCCAUCUAAGAUCGCAGCGGCUGCUUCCUGCUUGUCUCAGAAGGUCCUUGGCCAAGGAAAAUGGAACCUAAAGCAGCAGUAUUACACGGGGUACACGGAGAGCGAGGUCACGGACGUCAUGCAGCACAUGGCCAAGAACGUAGUGAAAGUGAACGAGAACCUGACCAAGUUCAUCGCUGUCAAGAACAAGUACGCGAGCAGCAAGCUCCUGAAGAUCAGCACGAUCCCCCAGCUGAACUCCAAAGCCAUCAAGGACCUCGCCGGCCCCCUGAUGGGGCGGUCCUAGGCUGCCCUGGCCCGCGGACGGGUCCUCCUCCGUGCACUUUUCUUACCGGCUUGGAACUCGCGACUUUGUAGAUAGCCCUCCUGUCUAUUUCAUUAAACCUUCUGUCAGACCGAUUUUCUAAACACAUAUUGAGGAAAAAUAAAGCU